AACCCGUCGCCCUACGACGUCGCGCAGGGCGGCCUCGGCGACUGCUACCUGCUCUCGGCGCUCUGCGUCCUCGCGGAGCGGCCGGGCCGCGUGCACCGCCUCUUCCGGACGACGGAGGUGAACGCCGCGGGCAUCUACGGCGCGCGCCUCUACCUCCACGGCGAGAAGCGGCUCGUGCUCGUCGACGACGCGCUCCCCGCGCGGGACGGCCGGCCGCUCUUCGCGGCGUCGCGGACCGACGGCGAGCUCUGGGUGUCACUCUACGAGAAGGCCUUCGCCAAGGUCUACGGGUCCUACGCGGCGAUCGAAGCCGGG